GUUUUCAUUAUAUUUGCACUUUUUUGUUUACCCGUGGCAUUGCAUAGAAAUUUGCUGAGUGGAGAUGCUGUUACUCACUGAAGCACAACGUGUUGGGGAUGAAAAACAGCUUUUGGCAUUAGCCGAGCAGGUGCACUGUAAGGAAAUCAUGGUUGUAGUGAGUAAACGCUAGACAGGUAGAUGACGUCAGAAGGAUGUGAUUUAUAGGGAAGUCUCCAUGGCUUCGUCCCAAACCGCCUACUAUUUUAUUAAUUAGUGUGUCAGAAUACCUUACCGGCGAUACCCUCCUUAGUAGGAUAGUGUGUGGUUUUGGACGUAGCCCGUGUGUAUGUAUUGUUCCUUUGUAGGCCAGGAGGAGAGCGAAGGGAGACCUCUGAUGACGUGCUCAAGGAGAACAGCAUCAUACAAAAAAAAAAAAACAGCAAAAGGAAUAAUAAUAAUAAUAAUACAGCGCGUUAUCUCUUUUGUAGACUAGUUUUAACGUAUUCGAUUUGAGAAAUGCAAUAGCCAGUCUGUGUUUGGAUUUAUUAUUUUUCUUUUAAUAUCGAAGAUAAUACAUUAAUUUAUUUAAUUAAUUUCUCCAGUCUCCCCCCUUGCCUCCCUUUAGCAGACGUAAACAGCUUCACCUCCACAUCCGCAUCCUGGUUCUUACGCGCCGUUAAACUAAAGGGAUGCAAGCUAGAGACUGGGUGAAAUGGUCCGAUUCGAGAAGUUGCAUGUACAGAUCGUGUGAAGGACAGUAUAUUUAAAAAUAGCCUGGCGAUUAGUGCGGUUUGUCUCGCAGCGGCGCAGGUGCUGAAGCGGAUGCUGAGGCGGCGGAUGGGGUGAGUCUGGCCGGAGCGGAGCGCUCCAGAAGCGGGCUGCUCCUGAAUGAGGCUCCGCUACAGCCGGAACGCUGAGCGGGAAUAAUGCAGGACACGGCGGACGGAGAGGAGCCCAUUCUGGCCGGGACUGCCAGGGAAGAGCAGCGUCCAGUGAAGCAGUCCCUGGCGAGCUCUCUGUGUCGGGAGUCACAUUGGAAGUGUCUUCUCCUCACGCUGCUUAUGUAUGGAUGUUUUGGCACACUGACCUGGUGCGGAUUAUGCAAGGUUCCCGUCCUCACAGUCCCCUUAGAGCUUGCAGCUACAGUACUGGAAAAUGAAGACCAGUCUACAACUUCAGGUGCUGUUAACACCUACAGCCCUGAUGAGUUGACUGUGGACAGCCCUUGCUCAAGCGGCUAUGUCUACAUUCCGUUGGCCUUUCUGGCCAUGCUAUAUGUGGUCUACUUGGUGGAAUGCUGGCACUGCUACUCCAAGACUGCCAUGCUGGCUCAAGCAGAGGUUGCGGAGGUGUAUGAGCGUGUACAGAGACUCCAGCAGGCUACACCAUGCAUCUGGUGGAAGGCCAUCAGCUACCACUAUGUGCGAAGGACCAGACAGGUAACACGCUACCGCAAUGGAGAUGCAUAUACCACCACACAGGUGUACCAUGAGCGGGUCAACACGCAUGCAGCAAGUUCAGAGUUUGACUAUGCUAGGCUGGGUGUAAAAGAUGUCUCCAAAGAGCUAAGGGGCCUCAUGGAGUAUCCAGCAGUGCGUCUGCGCUUUACGAAGUGCUUUAGUUUCUCCAGUGCCCGAGCAGAGGCUGCCUACCUCACACAACGUGCACGGUUCUUUGGGGAAAAUGAAGGCCUAGAUGACUACAUGGAGGCACGGGAGGGAAUGCACCUGAAAAAUGUAGACUUUCGUGAACAUAUGCUGGCCUUCCCUGACCCUGCUCGGCAACCCUGGUACGCACGACGGAGGGUGUUCUGGCUUGCAUCAGCUAUGCUGCUGUCAUGGCCACUUCGUGUUGUGGCAGAAUAUCGCACUGCGUAUGUGCAUUACCAUGUAGAAAAGCUGUUUGGUGAUGAAGAUGACAGCAGCAGAGGGGAUGGAAGUGAGAAUGGAGGGAUCAAUGAGAAUGUAAAUGGACCUGGAGGAGGGGGCAUCGGAUCAAGCUACCGUGCCAUUUCCCGGGUUAACACCGUUGACAUGACAGAACUUGAGUGGCACAUUCGCUGCAAUCAGCAAAUGGUUCCCAGCUAUUCUGAGGCACUGCUGAUGGAUCCUGGCUCAGAUGGUAACCAAGGCACAAACCCCCCUUCUGCUGGGGCAAACACCAACACAGGAGGUCCUACGCUGCCUGUGGCCUUUGCCUCAGCCUACCUGCUCCAGAGCUGCCCUCGCUGUCGCCGGUCCACUAGCAGUAUGUCACUCCCUUCCAGGCUGAGAGGUCCAACAGCUGCCUUACUGACUGGCACUGUGGCUGGGAUGAGGGCUAGCGGAGCAGGAGGUGCUGCUGGAGGUCCAGGCAGGCUUGUUCUGAGCAGAAGUGGUUUUUCAUUGGGUCGUCUCCAGACCACACGUCCCACAUCUCUGUUCCAUUCCCGCAGUGUGGGUGGAGGUCUAGGAGGAAGAGGGGAGGACGGGAGUGGUGCAGGAGCAGGAGGUGGAGGAUUUCUUGGUUUGGGCUCAAGACAGGAUGAGGAAAGCAGAGGGGUGCUAGAGGGAGAAGGGGAGGAGGAAGAACAGGUAAAUGAAGAUGCCGGAGAGGAGGAGAGAGAAAGACAAGAAGAGGAAGCAGAGCAGCCUGAAGAUAGCAACAGAGAGGAAGGGAGAGAGGGUGAAAGGGAUCGACCUCCUGCAUAUCAGGAUGCUUUUUUCUUCCCUGUGUUAAUAGUGCAUGGAGAGGAAAGUUGUCACUCAGGAGAUAACAUCUCUUAAACAAGAGGAACGACUUCCCCAAAAAGGAGAGCAUAGGAGGAUGGCUAUAUAAAGAUAGACAUAGUACUGUUUGUCUAGUAAGGGAUAAGGUACAGUAGGAACUGAUAGCCUUGGUUGUCAUGUAGAAAAGCUAAGUAAAGUAGGUUGAAAAAUACGACUCAUUAUAUCUAUGCAAGAUUGAGAGAAGUCAGGUAAAAUAAGCGACAGAUAUCCAACAAGUUCUUUCUCCAUUUGUCAAACUCCAAAGGAAUUAUAUUAUAGAAAGAAGAAGACCAACAAAGAAACAAAAAACAAAUAAAUAAAUAAAAUCUCUCUGUACAUUUUCCAAAGUUAAUACAUCACAGAAAUCAUAGAUGUCAUAAUACAAGCAUUUCUAUUUCUGGUUUUCCAGUAUCAAGUAACUGCACAUAAAAUCUUCAGGUACAUCAAAAUCACCAUAAUUGCAGCCUUGGAACCCAAAUGGAUCACAGUCUUCUGUAAGACACCCCACCUGUGCAUGUAACUUAACGUUACCUCAGCCUAUACGCUAACAACAGACUUGCAAUUACAGUGUAUCCCAUUUUUCAGCAAUGGAAACACCACAGCCCUGUUUUCUGACCUCCAUCUAUCCAGCUUAGUCUGGUCUUACCAUCCUCAAAUACUCUUGCAUUGCAUGCUGUUUGCUGAGGCUUGGUCGAAGCAAGUUGACAUUGGGAGAUAAUGAUCUGUUGAACAGGUUUUGAAGCUUUGGCUCACUUGAUAAGGAGUGUUUCACCUCUGUUGUAAAGCCUGGACCAAGACUUCUCAUUGUAAAUGGACACGAAAUGGCUGAGUACUUAGUUGAUACGAGAAGCAUAAAAAUGUGGAGAGUAUUCUCUAUGCUGGAAGCUUUAUUGUAUCACAUCACUUUGUUAUAGUGAACCACAUUAUGUUUUGGGUACAUUUGCUAUAUUAGUAAGUUUAUUUGUUCUGUAGUGUAUCACCAGUUUUGCCUCAUGAAGGGCUUUGCUCAGCUACUAUGCCUCACAUAGUCACCUUGUUUUAUGGGACAACCAUACAACACAUUGCCUUCCAUCAUAGCAUCCAUACUUGUCUCUCAUAUUGUACCACAUGAGCAUGAACCAGCUAAUCAUUGAUUGAAAUGGUUAGUGUGCCAAGAAAUACUCACUGAUUGCUAAUAAUUGUACAUUGGCCACAGUCUAUACCCAUUUUGUAUAUAGGACACUUUUACCAAACAAUAUUUUAUUUUUGCACAGAUGCUCAUAAAGUCCUAUUUCCAGUCACUCAGUCCUACAUGCUAUAUUUGUUUCGAGUGUUUUUAUGUUUGUAUGUAUAUUUGAUGCCUUUCUAUAUUUAGUGCUUGUGGAUCUGAGACUAAUUCUACAGUUGCAAUAUGUCACUUCUCAAGCUCUAUUGUUUGUCUUAGGAUAAGCAAAAAACACACAACUCAAGAUUUCGCACUCAAAAAAAUAGAUGCUUUUAAGCUUAAGCUCCACAGAUAGAGGUUCAAAAACAUCCACUCAGUCAUUCACUCAGUCAUGUGAAUGGACAUACUCUAGUUUAAAAACAUGCAUGCUAGACAGACUUCCUAGUGGCAAUAAUAGGAUACUACAUUUGGGGAAAGUCAAAACAGAAAAACAUGUUCAGGCAAUCUUGUCAGAAUGUUCUGUUUUGCAUCAUGAAUGUUGAUUACCAUUGAUGUUUUAAUGAGAAAUCACAGUGAGAAGAUAUGACAAGCAUUUAGAUAAGAAGUUUGCUCCACAUAUGUAAAGGCUUUCAACUACAGCCACACUUUACAAGUCUAGAUUUAACUAAACUUGAGUUGACUAAUGAACAUUCCAGUGCAGACAACAGCUGAUUGUUAUGUGUGGUUGUUGAGUUGAUAUACAAGAGUCAGGCAGCUGAGUGUGUUUAUCUAUGUAGAUGUUUAAAAGUAAUGUGUGAGGAUGUUCAAUUUCAAGUCCAUUUCAAGGCUUAUUUGGGGUGGGGGGCAAAAUUUUGAAGCAGUUCAUCUAACAGCUUCAAUUGCUUCCAAAACUGUGUGUAGCCCAGCAGAAACAGUAGUUUCCACUCUGGGAGAAUGUGUUGAAUGUUGUUAGUGAUUGUGCAGUAUGAUUCAUCUGGAAUGGAUGGAUAGGCUAUAAAGUAUCCCUUUAAAGUAAAUGAACUCAAAUAUCAAAUGAAUAGCUACUUUAACACCUCAAACAUCAUUCAAUGAUGCAAAUGAUUCUAUUGUAGCAAAGAUUGUUAAUUUGAUAGGUAUCAGUUAGAGAGAUUAUGAUGAUGUUGAUAACUGAUAAUGAUAUUAUUUAUGCUAUAAUAAAUCCAGACUGCUUGAUUUAAAGAA